AUCUUGAAGGAUGUCUUAUAUAAAUUUCAUAUAGGACUUUGCCACCAAUAUCAAGAGAAGAAUUUGAGUUGAUAUUUGAUGAGCUGGAUGACAGUGGUGACUUCAAGAUCAACUUGGAUGAAUUUGCUGACAUUUGCAAUGCCAUUGCUCUUAAGUUCCAGAAGGAGGAUUCUCCAUCUUGCUUUGAAAGAUUUCCAUCAUUCUACCGUUCACCAUUCUCCAAAAAGUUGAAAGGCUUUGUACGGAGUCCCAAAUUUGGAUACAUCGUAUCCUUCAUUCUUAUACUGAAUCUAGUUGCUGUUAUUGUUGAAACAACGCUUGACAUAGAAAAUAAUUCUGCUCAAAAGGUCUGGCAAGAGUUAGAGUUUGUUUUUGGUUGGAUAUAUGUACUGGAAAUGGCUCUAAAGGUCUAUUCAUUUGGAUUUGAGAAUUAUUGGAGGGAUGGCCAAAACCGCUUUGAUUUUCUGGUUACAUGGAUUAUAGUUAUUGGAGAGACCAUAACUUUUGUGAGCCCUGAUGGACUAACUUUUCUUUCCAAUGGAGAAUGGAUUCGCUACCUUCUCCUUGCAAGAUUGUUAAGGUUAAUAAGGCUGCUGAUGCAUGUACAGCGUUACCGUGCCUUCAUUGCCACUUUCAUAACCCUUAUACCAAGUUUGAUGCCAUACCUUGGGACCUUAUUUUGUGUCCUAUGUAUUUAUUGCUCUCUUGGCGUACAGAUCUUUGGUGGGAUUGUCAAUGCUGGAAAUGCCAGUUUGGAAGGAACUGAUCUUGCUGCUGAUGACUAUUUACUUUUCAAUUUCAAUGACUACCCGAAUGGGAUGGUGACACUUUUCAAUUUGCUAGUCAUGGGAAACUGGCAUAUAUGGAUGCAGAGCUACAAGGAGUUAACAGGAACUUCUUGGUCCCUUGCUUAUUUUGUCAGCUUCUACUUAAUAACGGUGUUACUGGUUUUGAAUUUGAUUGUAGCUUUUGUCUUGGAGGCAUUCUUUGCUGAAAUGGAGCUCGAGUCAUCAGAAAAAUCUACAGAACAGGACAAGGAAGCGGAUGGAGGAAAGGACCAUCGACGAUCUGUUGGCACAAAAACACGGAGCCAGAGGGUUGAUGUUCUUCUUCAUCAUAUGUUGAGUGCAGAGCUCAAUCAAUCGCAUUCCCCGUCCUCCAAUAGAGAAGAAAUUUGAAGGCAUUUCCCACUUGCUGUGAGAUCUUUGGUGGAAAGGAGCCAUGCUGUUGCUUCAAUUUGCAAGUGGUUUAUGCAGAACUUUUCUCUACAGCAUUGGUAUGAGAAAUACAUUGAGAUGCUUCUACUUUUUGGUAGGCUGCUUAAAAUUUGUGAGCAUAUAUAUAUACAUACACAUUCUAUGUUCUCCAGAAGCCCUUCCUUUUCUUUUCUGUAAGUUUUUGUGCUACCAAUACAGUUUUGUAUUACUAUCAUUGAUUGUAAAGUGAAAUAGCUAAAAGGACUGAACUUUUAUCAGCAGAAGAGAUUCGUUUUCCCACUCAUAAAUAUUUAAUUCAAGAUUUUUUUUUUCUUUUUUC